GCCCAGAGGAGGAAAAUGUCCAACAGCAGCUCUAUAACUGAGUUCUUUCUCCUGGCAUUCGCAGACACGCGUCAGCUGCAGCUCUUGCACUUCUGCCUCUUCCUGGGCAUCUACCUGGCUGCCCUCCUGGGCAAUGGCCUCAUCAUCACCGCCAUAGCCUGUGACCACCACCUCCACAGCCCCAUGUACUUCUUCCUCCUCAACCUCUCCCUCCUCGACCUGGGCUCCAUCUCCACCACUCUCCCCAAAGCCAUGGCCAGUUCCCUGUGGGACAUCAGGAUCAUUUCCUAUGCAGGUUGUGCUGCCCAAGUGUUUCUGUUUCUCUUUUUGAUGUCAACAGAAUUUUGUCUUCUCACUGUCAUGUCCUAUGACCGCUACGUUGCCAUCUGCAAACCCCUGCACUACGGGACCCUCCUGGGCAGCAGAGCUUGUGUCCACAUGGCAGCAGCUGCCUGGGGCAGUGGGUUGCUCUACGCUGUGCUGCACACAGCCAAUACAUUUUCACUACCGCUCUGCCAAGGCAAUGCCUUGGACCAGUUCUUCUGUGAAAUCCCACAGAUCCUCAAGCUCUCCUGCUCAGACACGUACCUCAGGGAAGUUGGACUUCUUGUGGUUAGUGCUUGUUUCAGUUUUGGGUGUUUUGUUUUCAUUGUGCUGUCCUAUGUGCAGAUCUUGAGGGCCGUUCUGAGGAUCCCCUCUGAGCAGGGACGGCACAAAGCCUUUUCCACGUGCCUCCCUCACCUAGCUGUGGUUUCCCUGUUCCUCAGCACCAUCAUGUUUUCCUACCUGAAGCCCCCCUCCAUCUCCUCCCCAUCCCUGGACCUGGUGAUGGCAGUUCUGUACUCGGUGGUGCCUCCAGCAGUGAACCCCCUCAUCUACAGCAUGAGGAACCAGGAGCUCAAGGGUGCCAUCAAGAAAUGGUUUUCAUGGACAUUUUUCAACAGCUGA